AUGUCAGAGGAAUUUCCUCAAGAAAAAAAUGCCCUAGAAAAUGAUGAAUCCAAUAACGUUACUGAACGUUAUACAAAGCUUGAUGUGGAUGAUGCAGAGAAAAAUGAUGAACCAUCUGUUAAAGACUUGAGUACUUUACGUAAAGUUUCUGGCCGCAUACCCACUGCUGCGUGGUUUAUAAUACUCUGUGAACUUUGUGAACGAUUUACAUAUUAUGGUGUUUCUGGUCCUUUUCAAAAUUAUAUUCAAUUUCCUCCACCUGUAGAAAAGAAUGGUCAACCUGGUGCAAUUGGUGCAGGUCAACAAGCUGCAACUGCAUUAACUUUGUUUUUUCAAUUCUUUUGUUUUAUCACUCCUAUAUUCGGUGCAAUUCUUGCUGAUCAGUAUAUUGGAAGAUACAAAACUAUUCUUAUGUUUUGUUGUAUUUACAUGGUUGGUCUAGUUGUCUUGACUGUGACUGCAAUACCACAAUCAAUUGCUGCAGGUGCUGCUCUUCCUGGUCUAAUUAUUGCCAUGGUUAUUAUAGGGUUAGGUACAGGCGGGAUCAAAUGUAAUGUUCCACCUAUGGCCGGUGAACAAAAUACAGACACAAAACCCUAUGUCAAGACAUUAGCAAAUGGUGAUAAAGUCAUUGUGGACCCAGAAUUGACCACUCAAUCUAUUUUUCAUUGGUUUUAUUUGGCAAUAAACAUCGGUGCUCUUUCUCCAGUAAUCACCACAAAUAUCGAAAAAUAUCAUUCUUUCUGGCUGGCUUACCUAAUUCCAUUAAUAAUGUUUAAUUUCGCUAUUUUGGUGUUAAUAAUUGGAAAAAAUCAAUUGGUCAAAAAACCUCCAAACGGAUCUUCUCUAUUAAAUUGUUUUCGAGUUCUUCGUGUAGCUUAUUCUUAUGAUCGUUCUUUAGAAAAUUCAAAACCUUCCAAUAUGUCUGAUGAUGUUAAAACAAAAGAACGUGUAACUUGGGAUGAUGCCUUUGUGGAUCAAAUUCAUAAUAAUUUAAUAUCGCAAGCUGCUACAAUGCAAGUUGGUGGGGUACCAAAUGAUAUUAUGAAUAAUUUGGAUCCCAUUGUUUUAAUCAUUUUCACUCCAUUCGCAAAUUACGUACUUUAUCCGUUACUUCAGAGAUGUGGAAUUAUUCUUAGACCCAUAACAAAGAUUUUUAUAGGGUUCAUGUUAGCUAGCUUAGCAAUGAUUUAUGCGGCUAUACUUCAAUAUUUCAUAUAUAAUACCAGUCCAUGUUAUAACCAGACUUUAUGUUUGAUAAAUGACAUACCUACUCCAAAUGAUAUUAAUGUUUGGUGGCAAACGCCAGCCUAUGUUUUGAUUGGGUUAUCUGAAGUAUUCGCUGUGAUAACAGGCCUCAAUUAUGCGUAUUCAAAAGCACCAGAAUCUUUAAAAUCUUCUGUUACUGCGGUAUUUCUAACCACAAGCGCAUUUGGAUCGUUAUUAGGGCUUGCAUUCAUACCAUUAUCAAGAGAUCCUUACUUGGUUUAUAUGUAUUUAACUCUCAGUAUGUUAGCUUUCGUUACUGGACUAUUGUUGUUAUACUUUUUAUAUGGGUAUGAUGAUAAGGAUGAAAUUGAAAGUAAAAAAACUGACGCAAUGUAG